AUGGGCUUGGAAGAUUACAUCCGUGCAAGAAGCGGCCAAUACUAUGCUCCAAACCCCAGAGAUGUUAGGAUACACAGUCCUCAACAACAAAAGGUCACCAUAAUCGACAAACCCAUUGCUGGAAAUGGCGUUCCAGCUUCCAGGUUCAUGAGGCCGUCGAUGCCCUUUCAGUAUCAAGAAGUGGAAUUCAAUAAUCAACAAACACAGCCACAACAAUAUGAUUUUCCAGUAACAACAGCACAACAGCCACCGGAGAAAAGCAUUUUUGAUACUGAUAUCGAGAAUGCGGACGAUACGACUAUUACUGUGACCAGUCUCGCGGAUAUUGAAGCCCGAGAUCGAGAUCAUAGUGGUCGAGGGAUAUUUGAUCAUGAUGUGAUCUCGCAGGACUGGGAUGGAAGUAUUCUCUCUGAAUCUGAUCAUUAUACAGCCCGCAACGACAACUACUAUCGGCCUGAGGAACCAAUCAAGACUCCGGCGAAAGCUCCACGAUAUCGCAGGAAAACCGUUGUUCCAUUAGCAGAAACGGAAGAUAUCAACUAUGCCAAUGGCUACAAGGGCAAUGACCGUCGACAGACACUCGACUGGAAUCCAGCGGAGAUACCUCGAUCUGCUACAGCAGCGAGUAACAAGAGGAGCUCCAUUACCAACGUAUCGCGCAUCCCUCGCGCCACCAAAUCCAGGUUGCCCCUUCAACGCAGUGAUAGUGAUCCCGGCCUUCGGUCGAGGGGAAUGACGACAUCUACAAAAGAAGCAGCAGCCGCGACAACCAAUACUAGGACGGUGCAAAUACCCUAUCGUACAGGGUAUAGUAAGGCGAGCAACUUUCCUCAAAGCCUGGCUACGACACCGAAUAAUCGAUUUAAUUUCAAGAGUGAGCGGUCUUACGAGCGGCUUAUAUCACAGCAGACCUCGCCUACUAGGCAGGUUAGUGGUCCGAGGCCACAACCUGAUUCGAGACAACAACGGCAACGACGUGUUAACUCUGCUAGUCCUCAGAAAGGAGGAAGAGCCAGGCAGAAGAACCAAGCAACUCCGUUGAACAAAGGCAGGCGCCUUUUGGAUGAAACAGAUGACAGCUUUGAUGAUGAGGGAGAAGAAGAGGAAGAGACACAGGAGAUCAGCGAGGACAUCGACGACGAAAGUUCCGGUAGCAGCAUCGAUGCCCAAUCCUUGACAACGACAGACAUCACACAGAGAAAAAUAUCGAUUUCAACAGCAUCCGAAAGUAUAGACAAGCGCUAUCAAAAGCUCACAUCUGACUAUCCGGACGAAGUUCUUCAAUACAUGGAUUUCUCCGAACUUGAAAAGGAACCCUUUGACCAUAGUCCUGGCAGCAGCAGCCCAUUGAAGCACCAGAGAUCAACACCCAAGAAACCCAAAGCUUUACCACCACCACCAUCUCCGCCGUCUCCACCUCCACCUCCUCCACCACCAGAUACAUCAACCUCCCCCUCCGAAAAACUAGCCUACAUAAUGACCGCCCUGCCCAACCCCACCGCUCGACACAAUUACAUCUCCAGCAUGCCCAUAACCGACUGGGAACUCCUCGGUGACGAACUGAUCGAUCAAAUGGGCGAAAUGCUCAAGAUGAUUAAGGACUCUCGACAAGCGCGGCGCAAAACGACGGCGUUGUUUGAGGCGGAGAUUAGGAGGAGACAUGAUCAGACGAUCACUGAGGCGGGGGAGUUGGAUAGGAAGUUUGUGGAGAUGAAGGAGGGUGGGUUGGGGGUUUUGAGGGCUUUGAAUCCUUGA